GAACCCGGCCCCGUUGCUACUCGCAUACGACCUCCACUAGCGCAUGCGCUUGGUGUCAUUCGUAGUACACUCGUCAACACCAUGGACAACCUCGUUGAUGAACACCCCGAGCUAGCGCUCGAGAUGGUAAAAUUGCUUGGAAACGAGCUGAAGUCAGUAAAGACCCAGCUACGCGAAUUGCAGAGCCAGCGUGCCACAUCCGCGUUGUCCUCAAACAGCGCCGACGCCGGGCCUACUUCCGUGGAAAAUGCCGAAUUACGAAGACGUCUUCGUGAGCUACAGGCAGAGAACGAGCGGCUAGCCGAGUCGCAAGGCAUUGUAAAGCAGGAGGCUUAUGAUGAAAACGAUCUGCUACAGCAGAAGGCAGUGAUCAUAGACCGCCAGUCGGAGGACUUGACCAGAGCAUAUAGGGACAUACAGAAGCUGAAGAAAGAGAACGAACAGUUGAAGGAGAAUGUAGCGUCCUUACAAGCCGCUAUUGAUGCGACCAAGGACCGUCGCGCCAAUGUCGAAAAAGUCACUGCCAGUGUGCGCCGUCAAGCAGAAGAGCUCCAGGCAGAGCUUAUAUCCCUGAGCGAACGGGAAAGGGCCCUUGCCACCGAGAUACAGGCCUCAAAAAAGCCGUACACCCCCGCAAAAUUCCUCGAGCAAAGCCGACGUCCCUCGAACAGCAGACAGCCUGCUGCCGCCAGUCUCAAGGCAUACCGACAGUACAUGGGGUCAUUCCGUUUGGGCAAGGUAUACAGAGACUUAUGCCGGCACGAAGUCGCGGCUUUCAGCGCCCACGAGGUCCUCUGGCCGACGAGUCCCGCCGACGGACUCAGCCGCGCCGUCGUGAUCUACCCAACGCACGAGGGCCGCAUGCCCAUUACCAGUGCGAGCAGCGUUUACACUUGGACGACGCAACCCGCGUCCGUCGGACAGGCCUUCGAACUCUUUUAUCAAGGCGAUCAGGGUUGGUGGCUAUACACAGGCGUCUUUGAGUGCCGUGCGGUCGUAAAGACGACUUUGCCCGCACUUGCACUCGGCCAGGAGAAAUCGACCACCGCCAAGCUCGCGGACGCAGUGGUGGAGCGCGCGCUGGACAAGAACCUCGUGCCGCCCAUACUCUUCAACAACAUGAAGAAGAUGCUGAAGGAGGGGAUGCUGCAGGUGUGCUGCGUGGAGCUGGAGUGCGUCGGGUUCAAUCGGGCGCUGUACGCCUCAUUGCUGUCUGAGGCGGGAGGGUCGGCGUCCUCGGUUAGCUCUCGUGAGCCGGUGGGAGGGCGCAAACGAGAUCAGAGGAAUGGCGAGCCGUCAUAUCGCCGACGAGAGGAGAAGAGGCGUCGAACGGACAAUGAGCAGCACUAGGGUAUCCUCUGCUGGACGAGACUGCUGUCCUAUCAUCGUUAACCCUGCGUAUUUUCUUGUAGCGGCAGCUGGUCAGCCUGCCGCCCCCUACGAUUCGAAAGGAAACACGCGCAGCGUACAUGGCUCAGUGUGACGAAUAAUCGUGUAAUCCUCUGAAUCACAUAUAACGUUCGAGC